AUGGCUCUUGGGUUUUGCAUUUGUGUGGCCUUGCUCCUGUCUCUGUGGGCAACUGCAAAGUGUGAUCACAUUGGCAAUGGAGUUGUUCGUAUGGAGUGUCGUGAUCGCUUCUUCAUGAUAGCUGUUGAUCUCUCCUUCACUGAGGCUGAACCCCACUUUGAGGCUGUUGACGAGACAGGUGUAUACCCAAUCACUAAGAAGUAUGCAACAGAGUGUGGCUACAGUGUAGGUCUCCUAUCACCAGACCAUGUGGAGCUCCGAGCCUCUUACUUCAGCUGUCACACUAAUAACGAAGAUGACAAAGUGUUCACAUUCAGCUUCAACCUGAUUGGAACACAUGAGGGAAGUGAGGUCAUCUAUGCUUUGAACAAGACCUGUUCUCCCACUCUCCCCUGGUCCCCCAGAGAGGUCACCUGUGAGGCCAACUACAUGGAAGUGUCUGUGAGGAGUGAAGUCACCUGUCCAUCUGAGACAGUGAAAGAUGACUGGAAUGCUGCUCUAAAGCCUACAUAUGCCACAGCUACUUCAGACUGGCAGGUGAUGUUGCACAGAGACGGGGAGAAGUUGAUGCCCAUGGCCCUCUCUGAAGCUCGCGAGCAGGGCUAUGUGUUUGACUUGACAGACGGAAGGCUUUUGUUUCGAACCCCAUAUGGACAGCCUGACUCAUUCAGUACUGAGGUGAAUGGUGUUCCAGUAGAGGUGGUCCAUGCAACUUUGUUCUCCAGACAGAGCUGGGUUGUCCUCAUGGUGGACUUGGUGGCUGCUUGCUCCAUACAUGAAGGUUCAUAUAAUGAGAGCGGCUACAUGAUGUGGCAGACUCCGAAGGUGCUGCACCCACUGGUGUCGGGUCCACAUGAGACACAGUUCAACAUCUGCGUCAAUGGUGAACUUGUGCAGCAGCCAGUUGCGCAGGAGAGAGGCUACAUUGUGGAGAAACACAACAACACAGUCCAGAUCAGCAUCCCUUAUAAUGCUAAAGGAGGAUACAGGAAGAGUUUAGUGUCUGGCGACCUCUACGAGUUCUACAUCUUUGAUCUCUACUUGGAGCAAAUCUCAGUGAAUGAGGAUGGCAUUGACACCAGGCUUCGCUUUCACAGGACACUGGCCACUCCCUUGCUGCCACGCUCUGUUUUCACUAAAAACCGGACAGUUCUUGAACAGCACAUGUUCACGGUCUACCUCGGAGAUGUCCCUGCAGAUGUUAAGUUGGCUGCUGUUCAUUUGAAUGAACAUGAAUGUACAGUGCCUUUUCCAAAUGCAAGCAGCCACACAAUCACAAAAGUUGCUCAUCCCAACAACACUCAUGGCUACACUCUGAAGGUGCCUUUUGAUGACCCAGUUAUCAUAAAGCAGUUCUCCAAAGAAGAUGCAGCAAUGCAGCUCAGGCUGGACAUCAACUACACACUGAUUGUUCUGCCUGAAAAUGAAGCUUUUCACUACCUGGCAUCAGUCGUGGCAUUAACAGAUGUCUCUCCUCCAACCUUUGACGCCGUCUGUUCUGAGUCUGGGAUCAGCUUCAAACUGGACCACCGCCCUUUCGAUUACCUGUGGGAGAUCGGGAUCGGCUCAGACCCGCUGACAUCAGAGCUGGCAGCCCAGCACGGCUACAUCAUGAGCAAUGACAGCCAGAGUCUGCUGCUCGAUGUGCCGCUCUUCACUGAUGGCUACGAGUACAAGGAUGUUACUUUGAAGGGAUUCUUGGGCACUUUUGAGAUCCUUGUGCGGGAUCGUGAAACAUCACAGGUCCAGAGCUCCACUGUGAAGACUUGUCCAUUCACUACUACUGAACUCAUUAUGUGUUCAACUGACGGGAGGAUGACGGUGUUGGCGGACUUGUCUCUGGUCAUCCCAAGUGGAGGACUUCCUGCUAGAACCAACCUGAGAGACAAAUACUGUGGACCCAAAGAGGCAGACGGCACCAGAGCUCUCUUCUCUUUUCCACUCAACAGCUGUGGAUCCACAGUCAUGCUCGGCAAGGACUAUGUGACCUAUGAAAACCAGAUCUUCUUCAGCCAGCGUUUGCCUGCUCUGAAAAAUCCAGCAGGAUCCAGCAAUGAUAUUGCCAGGGUGACAUUGCAGUGUACGUAUCCUCUGGCUGGUCUCCAUCGCCUCUUCUCCGUGUACAGGUUUGAGUCUGACACGGCUGGUGUGGGCCGCAUUGUGCAUUCUGCGCACUCCACUGAAGGUCUGCAGAGUCCCACCAUGGAGCCCACGACAAUGCUUCAACCGCCAGUGCCCACUACCAGACGCAUCAGAAGACCUGUCUCAGUACGACCUGGCUACCAAGCCCCUGCUCAGUACAUUAAAGAGCUGGAAGAUCAUCACAAGCCAAAGUGA